CUUUUUUCCUUAGGUGACUUCAAGGUAAAAAACAAGAAACGUGAGAGCUCUUAGAUAGAAAGACAAGUCACACAAAGGGAGUUUUGGCUUGGAGGACGGCUCCAGGGCUACAGCCUAACUCGAUUUGGCCUAUCUGCUGACAAACAGCCUCUCCCAACUGUUACAAGUCAACAACAGGCGGCAUCAUAGGCGACAGCAACUGCGAUGCAAUGAAUAGGCCACUAUUAGCACUAUGGACCCUUCUCGGGCAUGCUGCAUGUUCUCAGCCCUCGGCCCCAAAUCCCAUAGCUGCACCUUUACGCGAGCUGCCUUGGGCGCAGCUUAACUUCCUGCACACUACCGAUGUCCAUGGCUGGUGGGGCGGCCAUCUUCAAGAGCCAUCUUACUCCUCAGACUGGGGAGAUUACAUUUCAUUUGCCAAACACCUUCACGACAGAGCCGAUGCCGAUGGAUCAGACUUACUCUUGAUCGACACUGGUGACCGGAUUGAGGGAAAUGGCAUCUACGAUGGAUCUGACCCCAAAGGCAAAUUUACGUACGGUAUCGCCAAAGAACAACAUAUCGACUUAAUAUGCUCUGGCAACCACGAACUUUACAAGAAAACCUCAUCUGAAGGCGAAUUCUAUCACACAGUUCCUAACUUUAAAGGGAGUUAUAUCGCCUCAAAUCUGGACAUCUACAAUCCCGAAACUGGAAAGCUUGAGCCCCUUGCUUCACGUUUCAAGAAGUUCAAGACUAAGAACCAAGGCAUUCGCAUCCUUGCACUUGGGUUCAUCUUUGACUUUACUGGAAAUGCCAACAACACAGUCAUCCACACAGUCGAUGAUACCGUGAAAAAGGACUGGUUUCAAGAGGCUAUACGAGAUAAGGAUCUAGACUUGAUCAUUGUAUUCGGCCACGUGGAUAUCCGCUCCCAUGAAUAUUCUACUCUCUUCUCCACAAUCCGGAAAGUUCAAUGGGAUAUUCCCAUCCAGUUCUUUGGAGGACAUACUCACAUCCGAGAUUACAAGAUUUACGAUGACAAGUCUGUUGCCCUCGAGAGCGGACGUUACAUGGAGACUCUAGGUUUCAUGUCUAUCAACGGACUUAGCACUGGAGGAACCGAAGAACGAUCCCCAGAAUCACGCAAGGGUAAACUCACGUUCUCUCGUCGGUACCUUGACAACAACCUGUUCUCCCUUCAGCAUCACAGCGGCAAGGAUGACGAGACUUUCCCGACAGAUCACGGCUUGAGUGUGACUGCUCAGAUUGGUCUGGCAAGGAGGGCGUUGGCACUUGGCAAACGCUAUGGAUGCGCCCCCUCUGACCUCUGGGUCAACCGGAGACCGUAUCCCCACGAAGAGAGCAUCUUCACCUGGCUUGAGGGGCUGGUUCUUCCUGACCAGAUCCAACAAUCAGCCCGCAUUCAGAAGGGCAGCAAGGCCCUCGUCAUUACCAAUACUGGAAGUAUGCGCUUUGACAUCUUCAAAGGCCCAUUCACCAAAGACACGACAUACCUCGUUUCGCCUUUCACAAGCGGUCUCAGAUACAUCAAAGACGUUCCAUACAAGACAGCAAGCCGCGUCCUAAGGCUCCUCAACAGUGAAGGGCCUAUACUGGAUAUGAUGACAGAAGAGAAGGUCUCCAUGACGUCGCCUGAGCAUCUCGCUGCGCAAGUACGCCCUGAAAUGAUUACCCCGAAAAACCACGAAGGGUUCGCGAAUCACGGACCCCAUGCACAAACACCAAUGUCACCUAACGACCAGGGUCUCACACCAGGCUACACCACCAAGGACGACGCAGGCGAGGACGGAGACGAUACACUGCAUUCUCCUAUCCCCUUCUAUAACGUCCCGAACUGCAUCCAAUCUACCGUUGGCUUUGACUCCAAGGAAGACCCUGAGACCGUCGAUCUAAUGUACAAUGAGUUCAUUGAGAAGUGGAUUAUCCUUGCAUUAGAGUAUCUAGGUGAGACGUACGAUGAAUCAGACACUUUGUCAGCUCUGGAUGGCAAGAGCUUUACUGAGAUUAUUACGGACUGGGUGAAAGAUAACUGGGAUGUCGAAGGCAAGACUUGUCCUUAAGAGUGGUUCGUGAACGGAGAGAAUUUUGUUAGGAUUCUUGUUUUCUGAAAUUUAGAUUGUGUUUAUAUAAAUUUCCUGUAGUCGCAGAUAUGGCC